AGGGUGUAAAAACCUGGCGUUGAAGGGAGGAAUUUCCAGUGCGAGGCACUGACGGUUGAAAGAAACGGGCCUAUUAAUUGGCAAGCGGCGUAAAAACGUAUCGAUCAACGCGGACGCGUGCGACGAACGCGACGUCGCCGAAAGAUGGCGAGGAAAUGACGGGCGGGGAACGGCGAAGCGAAGAUGCGGGGAGAGGAGGGAGCAGCGCUCGCGCGUGGCCAGGCUGACCAAGGCUGGUGUGACGGCAACCUUAAAAGACGCGGAAACGUGACCCCGAUAGGGAAGCGCGUAUCAAACGUUUGUGGAAACGGCAUUGUCGGAAGAUUCAAACGCGCCGAUACGCGUGCGAGUGAGCGAGGACGCGCGACCGCCGCCGCGUUUCAUCACACGAGAGCGCGACUGUGAAAGAGAGAGAGAGAGAGUGUGUCGUCGCGAAUCGGAACGUGCGUGCGGCCGAGAGGAUGUAUUUUUAGAAUUUCGGUAACUGUGCUCUCCAAGAGAGUCCCGGCGCCACGGACGAGAGAAACGGAAAAAUACAGGUUGUGUAACAAACCCAACGCGUCAUCAUGUCCGUCCGCCUGUCUGUCCGACGUGGAAACUCGGCGGUGCGUGUUUUUAAUGAAUGGGCGGCGUGGUCGACGUUUGUAGGUUAUACGCGGCUCGCGAGUGAUUAAUCCCACGGGAUCGCCCGAGAGAAUUAUGUACACGGGGAACGAGCGCGCGUGUUACUCACGAUUGAUCGCGCGCGAUUGAUAUCCCUGCCGGGCGAACCUGUGCUGCACAUCGUACUGAGAAUUCGUGGCAUUUCGCCCUGCUGCUCGUUUUCCGCGUUUUCGAGCGAUCUCGAUGCUAUAAUUAGUAAAAAUAUUAAUAAAUAUAUUUGAGGUUGGGGACGCGCGAGUAAUGUGAACGAGCGUGUGUGCAAUAUGGAUCACGUAACGAAAAUUCUCUGUUCCUCGUUGAUCAAUGGAUAUCACUUAUUAAAUUUUCGCGAUAACAAGGGAUAAUAUGAUUAACAUAGAGUUGUACAAAAAUAGAGCAUACGAUAGAAUGCGUCAGAUGUUAUAUAUACAACGGAACAUUUUCGAAUGGAGAAAGUUAUACGUAACAACCUGAAGAUGAAUUCCACCGAGAAGAAUUUGAUGAAUAUCGAUUUGCAAUGUCAUACGUGCAUAUAUAUAUACCUUGAAUUAAGUGUUUGUGCUGUGUCUCUGCCAUACAAAUUACCAACAGCUAAUGCCUCGUAAAUUUAAUUGUGACUGUCUGAAGAACUUAGUGCCUCCUUAGGAAGAUUACUCGAGCAAGUCAAAAGGCACGUCCAGGCAACGCCACGAGGAAUCAUGACUGAUAUUACUGUCCAAGAUUUACAGGAGCUUGUCGAACACUUCUCAAAGACCACGUACAGGACCAGAGAAGCGGAUCGUACAAGCCAAGCUAUUAUGCAACGAUGCCUGCUGCUCACUGGCUUAGAUUACAAUUAUUUUACAGUCGAUAAUAGCAAUGGCGAUCUUUGCGCGCAUUAUCCUAGCCAUCUGAUAAUAUUUAGAAACGACAAGUGUCGUCCGUUCAUGUGCGCGAAUUCGCGGUCAACGCUGUCCAUAAAGGGAAGCAUAGGCGACAACAUAGUUCAUAGCAUGUACGACCCUAAUAAGCUGAAGAAAUUAAUGAUAGACGCGAGAAAUGCCAGGUGUCGUUCGAGAUUCCCAGUGCCGGUGAUAUUUUACGAGGGUAAGCACGUGUGCAGAUCGGCGACGUUGUCCGGCGGUCCAGAAAUCUACGGUAGGGCCGGAUUAGAUUACUUCUUUGGCGGUGACGACGAUCACCACUCGGUGCACGAACGGAUCAAACGGAUGGACAAACCUCUGCCUUGGAGAGAAGAUUACAUGGGACAGUCGAUGUUCACAGAUUGGCAAUUGUUGGAUAGAGUUAGAUCGCAAGACAUAAGACUUUUGAGGGCUCUUAUGGUAGACACUAUCAUAGACUUCAUGGUCGAAAAGAAGAAAGUUAAAUAUGGGAUGAACGUGACUUCCUCGGAGAAGGUAGACAAAGAGAACAGAUACAGGCAUUUUACUCUCGUUUCACUGCCAUAUCCUGGAUGUGAAUUCUUCAAGGAAUUUAGAGAACACGAUUAUCUGCCCAAGGGCCUGGUAUUCGAUUGGUAUCAAAAUUACGUAGAUGCGCCAAUCUCUGUACCUGAAGACUCGAUAUCGAAUCAAUUACGGAUCAAUUGGGAUCUAUAUACAACGUGGGAUCUAGUCAAAUUAACGCAAAACUAUUUAAGACUAAUACUGAGAUACUUGAGCGAUAGUAACGACGGGAUAUUGAUUCAUUGUAUCUCAGGGUGGGACCGCACGCCGUUAUUUAUUUCGUUAUUGAGAAUCAGCCUGUGGGCCGAUGGAGUAAUUCAUCAUACGUUAAAUUCAUACCAGCUACUUUACUAUACCAUCGCCUACGAUUGGAUGCUUUUCGGACACAAUUUGGAAGAUCGGCUCAACAAAGGAGAGGAGAUAUUCUUCUUCUGCUUCUAUUUCCUAAAACAUAUUUAUGACGAUAAAUUCAGCAUACACAAGUGUCCUGAUAGCAUUAAACAAAACGAUCUACAGCCGGAUAAUUUCGUCAUUGCCGGCGAGCCUUUUGAGAUAGUGAAUCCUAAUGUGAGUCCCAAUAGUUCGACGAGUUCCGACAACCAAACAAGCGCAGAUAGCGAACCACCAGCUGUGUUUCAUUCCGACUCUCCCAUGGAGAGUCAAGAUGACUCUGAAGACAACGGAAAUACUAUACCUGGAAAAUUCAAGACCUCUCCAAAGAAAGAAGGCGGUGUUGCGGAAGGCUCACGCUCGCCCUUAUCUGCAAAUCGCACGUCUCCGGUUGGAGUUCCCAUACCGUGCAAUCCUGGUCUUCGACAACGAAACGAUUCGACGUCCUCGACUGGCUCAUGGCAGUUAGUAUCAGGGACUGGUAGUCUCUGCGGUUCUACGACACUUAAUGCUCCGCCGAUAGACACCGUGUGGUCUAUUGAUUCGGAUUGCAAGCCCCAUUGCAAAACUUGCACACUCGGAUACCGUAUAUCUCCUCCAGCAACUGGACGAGGAUCUACCGUAGAGAAUAUUGACGAAGCCGCACAAGCGCGUAAGGAACGGUUGAAGUGUUUACGAAGUGUAUUUUAUAAGAUCUACCCACACAUUGGAUUUCGAAUGAAGGAAUAGCGAGACGGGUAGCGUCGGCCUGACCAGUACGUUAACGCGCUGUUAAGUACAUGGAGAAAGUCGAAGUCAUUUCCACUCAACGCACAUCCUUGUGAAUAAGAUGACGGCUUCUCUGAAGCGUCAAUUUAUUGUUAACGGUAUCUUUGUCCAAUUUAACAGUUUUAUAAACCGCGACUCGAGGAGGAUGAGAAGGUUAUAUAUUAUUGUUUCAUUUAAGGACGAUUUUAUUGCUUCGCUCUCCCUCUUUCUUACAAAUGUUGCAUAAGAGUUGUAGCACGCUAUGUGCAGAGAUAAUUGAGAAUAAAACUUGAUAUUUUUGUA